CAGAGAGCUCGCUUUACGGACGUCAGUAUUUGCAAAUUUUAUUUGCCAGCGAUAACAAUAGAUUACAAAGAGGAGCAAUUGUCGCGAAUCUUCCUUUCUACACCGUUGGAGGUGUUGCGUGAUUUAGCUGUAGGCACUUUUAAAUCCACUCUCAGCCGCUCUGGGGGGCGGAGUGUUGGAAAAGUGUUGCUCCGAUUGGGGCGCUCAACCGGGGGAAGAGAGAUGGCGUGCUUGUUGGAGGCCCCUCUCCGCAUCAGUGUGCUUUCUGAGGUCACUGCCACUAGUCGCCACUAUGUUGACAGACUGUUCGACCCCGACCCACAGAAAGUGCUGCAGGGAGUCAUCGACAUGAAGAAUGCUGUCAUUGGAAACAACAAACAGAAAGCCAACCUUAUUGUCCUGGGAGCUGUGCCCAGGUUACUAUACCUGCUCCAGCAGAGCUCAUCUAGUCCAGAACUGCGAACGGAGUGUGCAGUGGUGCUGGGCAGCCUAGCCAUGGGCACAGAGAACAACAUCAAGUCCCUUGUGGACUGUCACAUCAUCCAUGCCCUGCUUCAAGGUCUCCAGUGUUCAGAUUUGAUCUUCAUCGAAGCAUGUCUGCGAUGUCUCAGAACCGUCUUCAUCAGCCCUGUCACCCCUGUGCAGCUACUCUACACGAACCCCACUGUGAUUCCCCAUAUAAUGUCACUACUGAGCCGCUCGCAGAGGACCCAGGAGUACAUCACACAGAUCUUCUCCCACUGCUGCAAGACCCCAGAGCACCAGACAGUUCUUUUCAAUCACGGUGCCAUCCAGAACAUUGCUCCACUGCUUAUCUCUCCCUCUUAUAAGGUCCGGAUGCAGGCGCUCAAGUGUUUUUCGGUCCUGGUCUACGAGAAUACUCAGGUGUCAAUGACACUGGUGAAUGUGCUGUUGGAUGGUGAGCUGCUCUCUCAGGUAUUUGUCAGAAUGAUGCAAAGGGAUCAGCCCAUUGAAAUGCAACUAACGGCAGCCAAAUGUCUAACCUAUAUGUGUCGAGCGGGAGCCAUUAGGACAGACGACAGCUGCAUAGUUCUAAAGACCCUGCCUUGCCUGGUGCGAAUGUGCAGUAAGGAGAGGUUGCUGGAGGAGCGGGUGGAGGGAGCUGAGACCCUUGCCUACUUGAUGGAGCCUGACGUGGAGCUGCAGAGGAUUGCCAGCACCACUGACCACCUGGUGUCGAUGCUGGCAGACUACUUCAAAUACCCCAGCUCUGUCUCUGCCAUCACCGACAUCAAGAGGUUGGACCAUGACCUCAAGCAUGCACACGAGUUAAGACAAGCUGCUUUCAAACUGUACGCUUCACUAGGUUCCAACGAUGAGGAUAUCCGCAAGAAGAUCACUGAGACAGAGAACAUGAUGGACAGAAUAGUCAGUGGCCUAUCAGAAUCUAGCAUCAAAGUCCGCCUAGCAGCUGUCAGGUGUCUCCACAGUCUUUCACGGUCAGUGCAGCAGCUGAGGACCAGCUUCCAUGACCACGCAGUGUGGAAACCCCUAAUGAAGCUGUUGCAGAAUGCCCCAGAUGAGAUCCUGGUCAUGGCCUCCUCCACACUAUGCAACCUGCUGCUGGAGUUCUCUCCCAGCAAAGAGCCCAUUCUGGAGUCAGGGGUGAUUGAGUUACUAUGCAGUCUGACUCAGAGUGAAAGCCCUGCAUUGAGAGUCAAUGGGAUCUGGGCCCUGAUGAACAUGGCGUUUCAGGCGGACCAGAAGGUGAAGGUGGAGAUUGUACGGUCUCUGGGGACGGAGCAGUUGUUCCGGCUGCUGUCAGACCCCGACACCAACGUGUUGAUGAAGACGUUAGGCUUGCUGCGCAAUCUGCUGUCAACACGUCCGCACAUUGACCAGAUCAUGAGCUCUCAUGGAAAGCAGAUCAUGCAGGCAGUUACCCUCAUCCUAGAAGGAGAACACAGCAUAGACGUCAAAGAACAGACUCUGUGCAUCCUUGCCAACAUCACAGAUGGCAGCACAGCCAAGGAGCUAAUCAUGACCAAUGAUGACAUACUCCAGAAAAUCAAAUACUACAUGGGGCAUUCAAAUGUGAAGCUGCAGCUGGCCGCGACCUUCUGUAUCUCCAACCUGAUAUGGAACGAGGAGGAUGGUUCUCAAGAGCGCCAGGACAAGCUUAGGGAGAUGGGAUUUGUGGACAUCCUGCACAAACUCACCGGGGCAUCUGACCCCAACCUCUGUGACAGGGCAAAGACGGCAAUGCAGCAGUACCUAGCAUGACCACAGAGGGGAGGGAUUCCCCAUUGCCAGCCUAAAUAACAUUUUUUUGGGAGGAUACCUGCCAUUGGUUUUCUUUCUUUUGUUAUUAUUUAAUCUUAAGAUUUUGUUUGUUGCACAAAGACACCUUUUUUGAACUGUGAUGGGCCUCCCCUCACCUCUGACCCCCUUGUGCACCCCCUCCCGAUCCAGCCUCCCCAGUUCCUCUUACUCCAGACAUCGGCUUUGAGACGAUGGUUGUUGUUCGGGGGGAACAAAUGGUUAAGGGGGUGGCUCGUGGGUGUCAGCUUCUGUUGUUUUUCCAGUGCAAAGGUGAAUUGGAUUUUUUUUUUCUGGGACUUGUUGUGAAGAUUUUUUUCUUUUGAGUGCAGCACCCUGAUUAGCGCCACCGUGUGGCCUGGAGGCCUUGGUGCUUUUGGACUCCUGACAGCAGAGACUUGGUUUUAGGGAAUCGGACUACAAGGUUUGACACGCGAGCAGGGCUGUGGGAGAGAAAAGCUUCCUGGUUUUAUUUUGCUAAUUAAUUAUUCAUUAAUGAUAUUGCUCUUAAUAUUAAUGUUAUUUUAAGAAGUCACAAGAAAGGACACGUUUGGAGAAAAAAAACCCAGAAUGCUUAUUUUGAACUUUGGUGUUUUCUUUUUUUUGUGGAUACAUACCUCGUAAAUAUAUAUAAAUAUAAACAUAUAAAUCUAUUUUUUGGAUUUUUAUUGCCCCACCCCACCACCACCCUCUGUUUGAUUUUCGUUCCAAUGUCUCCCUAUGUCUUAGUUCAGUAAACUAAAUCCACCGCAGUGUGACACCAUUAUGUACCGGACUUGAACAUGAUCUAUAGAGGUGAUUAAGGAAAAAUCAGCAGUCAUUUCUGUGUCUUUUCUUUGUCCACACCACUACUCCCAAGUGCACCUUUUUUAUUUCACUUUAAGGUCAGCCACUUACUGAAGCAUAGUAUCACAGGACUGUUCAGUCCAACAUCUUUAUAAUCCCAAUGGGAAAUGUGGUUCUCGUGCUGAUAGUAAUUACAUUGGCCUGACCCUUUCAAAUGAGCUGGGUACCAGAGGUGUACAGAUUUACACAACAUUGGAAAGAGGAAGAACACAGGAUGCAUGUAUCCUGACACCUCUAUAGACCUAAAAUUAACUUUUCCCACAUUCUUCAUCCCCUGUCUAUGUCUGCUUGUCAAAAGGCAUCAAAGUGACCCUAAGCUUGGACAUUGCCUCCCCUCAUCUCUCCACUGUCUUUUGAAUAGAAUGCAAGGACAGACAGGGUACAGGAAAUAAAGGAAGAGUGAUUGAAGUUGGCCUGUAAGGCACCAAGUGGAACCACCACAGCAGAAUAAAAUGUCACAGUAUGUUUCAUACCUCGACCAUAUGACCCCCACACCCCGGGAUCUUUCUAGACUGUUAUUCCUUGACAUUUCAAAACUUGUUGAAACUGAUAGAAUGAAUGUUACCAUUGAAAUAUAUGCAGACCUGAAAGAAGGAACUCCGCCUGUGUUGUCUGUCUUAUUUCACUGAAGGCUGGGAAGCUGGGUUUGCUGUA